CGAGUGCAGCGAGGCUGGGGAUGGCCAGCGGAGGUCAGGAUGCACCGCGGGCCAUGGGGCCGGGACAGGGCAGCGAGGAGUCCCGCAUCUCGGACUUCUACGAGGACCAAGUGGUCUUCCUCACCGGGGGAACAGGGUUUAUCGGAAAGGUGCUGCUGGAGAAGCUGCUGCGGUCGUGCCCUGGGGUCAAGCACGUCUACCUCCUGGUUCGAGGGAAAGGGGGAGAAGAGCCAGGAGCCAGGCUGGAGGCCAUGCUCAAAUCAAAGGUUUUUGACCGGCUCAAGCGGGAGCGCCCGGGUGCCCUGGAGCGGGUGAGUCCCGUUAGGGGCGACCUGACUCAGCCCAACCUCGGCCUCAGCUCGGCCGACCAGGCGACGCUGCUAGACCGGGUGUCGGUCGUCUUCCACUCCGCCGCAACUGUCAAGUUCGACGAGCCCCUCAAACGAGCCGUGCAACUGAACGUCCUGGGCACAAGACGCGUGUUGGACCUUUGCAAACAUAUGCCAAACCUUCGUGCUCUGGUGCACGUGUCUACUGCCUACUGCAACUGUGAUAAGCCGGAGGUGGACGAGGUCAUCUACCCACCGCCUGUGGACCCGAAGAAGAUCAUAGACGCAGCUCAGUGGAUGGACGACAAGAUGAUGGACACGAUGAGCGGCUUCCUGCUGGGGCAGCGCCCCAACACCUACACGCUCACCAAGGCCCUGGCCGAAUCCCUGGUGCUGGACGAGCGGGAGCGACUCCCCGUGGCCAUCGUGAGGCCCUCCAUCGUCACCGCCUCCUGGAGGGAGCCCUUCCCGGGUUGGGUGGACAACUACAACGGCUUUACUGGCAUCAUUGUUUCGUGCGGCCUUGGGAUCUUGCGGUCCGUGCUCGUGGACCGGGACUGCAUAGCAGACGUGAUUCCCGUGGACGUGGUUGCCAACAUGCUCAUCUCGGUCGCCUGGCACACGUCCGUCACCAGGCCGGAGCACGUGCGUGUGUACAACUGCACGAGCGGCACUCUGCAACGCCAGACGUGGGGCGACGUGACGACGACGAUGCACGAGCUCAUCCUGAGCCACCCCCUGCCGCACGUAAUGCGCUACCCGAGCGUGGGGCUCACGCGGAGCCGGCUCUGUCACUCCGUCAGCCUGCUCUGCCUACACUACCUGCCGGCGCUGGCGCUCGACCUCGGGCUGCAGCUCGUGGGACGCAAGCCAAGGUUAGUGUCCAUGUACCACAAGGUGCGCAAGGGCAUAGACGCGGUGCAGUACUUCACCACCAAUGGCUGGCUAUUCCGGUCAAAUAACGUGGUGGCACUCGUGGAUGAGCUUUCGGCUACGGACAAACAGUUGUUCAACUUCGACGUGCGGACGAUGCAGUGGUAUGCAUACUGGGAGCAGUACGUGCUGGGCAUACGCAAGUACCUCUUCAAGGCAGAGGCCUCCAAGCUGCCAGAAGCAAGAAAGCACAUGAAGUGGUUGUAUGCCGUGCACCUGUUCCUGAACCUACUGCUGAUCACCUUUGUGUGGCGUCUGCUGCUGACUCGGUCGCAGACGGCACGCAACCUCUGCUACUUCAUGCUCACCUUCGCCACUCGGCUGUGUAGGAUGCUCCCCCUCAUGCAGUCCCAGUGAUGGCCUUCCAGCAUUGCCAUAGCUACUCCAAUUCCUUGCGUCUUCUGCAACCACGCCUGCCAUCUGUAUGGCGUCAUCAGCUAAGCACCAUCUGCUAGACAUCGUCGGUUGAGCGUCUGCUGCGCGUCGUCUGCUCAGCAUCAUCUGCUGAGCGUUGUCUGGUCGACGUCAUCUGCUAGACGUCGUCUGCUCGAAGUUGUCUGCCCGGUGGUCGUGCGUUGUGACGAUUGUGCGUGCACCACGAUGCAUGCUCCAUCCACGGUCGUCCGCCACAGGAAUUACCUGCCGUCAACAGCCAUCUUGCCACGGCAGCGACGUUCCACUGUAGAGAUUGUGUGCUGCAACAACGGUCGUUCACGGGAGAGUCAUCGGUCGCCACUACUGCCAUUUGGUGCCGUCACCACUGCACUGGCUUGUCUCUUAGCUGUGGUAAAGAAGACUGCCGCAGUUUCCCGGGGGGCGGGGGGUGGUGGGUAAGGGGGGGGAGAAUCAUUGUGGCCCAAGUUUUGUUUAUUGCUUCAGGUAUUUAGUUUUAAGACCGGUUCGCACUUAGCCUUAAAACCAGCCGGACCGCAUCUCGGUGCUGAGGUAAUGCAAAGUCACUUCUGUAUUGAGUGCGUAAGUAAGAAAAGGCAAGGUCCUAUGCAUUGGAGUGCCGAUGCAGCACUGUUUGUAUAGUGCCGAGUUAGCAUUGCAAUGUUUUGUGUGAAUGGGCCUUUAAAGUCGUCCAUGUGGGGCUCCCACUGUGGCCAUCUUGAAAAGGUACUUUCCACGUUUCUGGCUUUUACUGCAGAUCUAGAAGCGGCAAGGGAAUAAGCAACUCUGCAAACAUGCUUAUUUUUUUAUUUCUGCUUUCUGGAUAUUUUAGGACGGCAUACAAUGGUUGUAGCUACAUUGUUAGUGUAGAAUAUGCGUACAGUAAUUUACGUUCACACUGUUUCGGAAAUUCUUUUAAACACUCGUACAUGUAAAGGCUUUUUAAUCUUUUUCUUUUUUGCUUUUCUUUUUAAUGUCUUUGAGAAAGUAGCUUUUUUAAAUGCCCUUGAAAUAUAGAAGAAAAAAAAAGUGUGUGAGCAAAGUUGCCUUGCCAUAGACUGUCGCCUUUAUUCACUCGUAGGAUGCAAAUUUCAAACUUGCUUUUCAAGAUGGCCACCGUAGGGCUGUAAGCUUAGCUCUGACUAUUUAUCGAGUCGAAAGUUGUCUCGUCCUUGUGGGGAGCCGGGGGCAGCCCUGUGAGCAUCGAAGGUGGCCUCCUCGUGUACGGCGACAUGUUUACAUGGAGGGGUGUCUGAAGGUUGGUGGUGGUGGUGAUAAUACUUAUACACAUCUGUAUCAUUAUUGCUUAGGCUCCGUGAACGGAGCCGUUGCACUCGAGGAUUCCUUCUAGGCAUACUUAUUUACACGCAGAAGCGCACGCUCGUCCACUUAAGUCGAGCUCCGGCCAGAGGCAACAGGGCGUUUGGAACCGGCUCAUGGUCCGCGGUUUGCGAGUCGAAGAGCAGAAGUCAGGUGGCGGGGUAGAUGAGACUUAUUCUUUGAAGGACUUCUCUCGGGUUCUCCAGAGAAAGGCAAUAGUCGCCAACAGGAUCGAAGGUAGGAAGCUAGGAAGCUUCAUGGGUGCCGGAAGUGGGGACGACCGAGGGCCCUCCCUGCCGUCCUCGUCCCGUCGGCGAUUAUGCAACACUUCAGUUAUCUUUGAACAGACGGGAGUUUUUGUUUUCGGGCGGGAGGGUGUCGCCACGGGCAUUGCUAUUAGUCAUCGCCCUCUUUUGGGGACAGUGCUCGGAGGCGACGCCACUUUGUCACCACCCGCGUGGCUAGUCUGCGGCGAUUGCGUGCACGCCGGUGAUCAUCGGUUGUGUACCGGAGGUAGGGAAUGGAGGUUGCGUUUUUGUUCUUUCCACGGUGAUAACGGCAGCAACGGCUUUUGUUUGGCCGCCGAGCGGGUUCAUGGGUGCGGGCUGGGAGACGUUUGCAUUUUGCCGCAGAAGAAAUUGUAGGACUUUGAACACAUCUCGAAGCUGGUUUCUGAACGCAUUGUGGGAAAAUACAACCGAGGCGUGGUUGCAAGGUGCAUCACUAUUAGAGCUUCACGUGUUCGGCGUUUACCGACAGACCCCGAAAAUGGAUCCUCAAGGCGGUUUUAUCGAAAUGGGGGGAAGAGAGGGAGAGGGGGGGGGGGGGUAAGAGGGAGGGAGAAUAACAGAAAAAUCCAGAUUUGGGGCUGCCUUCGAAUGAGGAAAAUGCAAGCUUCACACGAAGGAAUAUUUAACUGGAGCUAUAUUUUGUGACGACUCGGAACAUGGCCCCACUGAACUCUCCGUAAGGCUACUGCUUUUUUUCAGGAGUCGCGCCCUUUAACUUGUUUCCUUAUCGGUACAGGGACCUUGCCCAAGUAUUCAGGUUAGCCGGAAGUUUGGGAAUCUGAUUCCCGUGUCUGAUUUUCUUCGACUCAAUCUCCGACAAACGGCAUUUCUUUUUUUCUUGCACCGAAAAAAUUACGUUGGAAAACAUUGAAUCUUUGGGGAAAAGAAAAAAAAAAAAAAACUUUUAAUAGAAAAAACACAACUGAGAACUUGGAGUUUUAGUUGCAACGCUAAUUUUAGAUAACAAAUAUUCACAAUGUUUAAAAAAAAAAAAGGUAAAAGGUGAACGUUGAUUUUUUUUUUUUGUAUACUGGCAACCAAAUUUUUUUUUUUUUUUCACUCCACAUCAAAUAUUAAAAAGCAAAACAUUGCUUAAAUUGUUUGAUCAGUGAUUGGUGGCUCUUCUGUCCAGGUUAAAAAAUAAAACGGUGGUAUCUCUUUCCUAAGACUUUUCACAUGGGUAGGUUCGUCCUCUGUUUAACUCGAUGUAAUUGCAGCACCUAGUGAGUAUACCCCUCUGCUCACCACUGCACGGUAAUUCCAACCACUGCCUCUGUGAAAUGCCAAGUUUGUGGCAGAGCUAUUUGUGCUUUUUUACCUUUGAUCUCAGGUAGCCCAGGAACCUGUUUUUACAUAAGCCUUUUUUUUUUGCAUUAGCCUUUUGGCAACGCAGUUGGCAGCAUGUGAUGCUAAGCUGAAAAGCUUGCCGGCAACUUUUGUUUCAUUUGUCCUUUGUUAAACUAAAAGUGUAGACCUGCCACGGAUUGCGUUGGAUAGUGACUUUUGUUGUUUCUUUUGAAGUCUCACUUUAUUAAAGGCAUUUUAACGAGCUAGAA